CGGGUGCGUUUCCAGUUGUGAUUGGCGCGAGCCACUUUUUCAUCACAGUUUGCGAGCAACGAGUUCAUUCUUGAAUUUGCACCAUGAGCCAGCAGUCCCCCAUUGAUAUUAUCCCGACGAUCGCCAAGGAGGUCGACAACCACGUCGACUUUACCGUGGGCUGCGACUGCGGCGAGAUCGAGCACGGUGGCUCCAACUUCAAGGUCCACUGGAAGGGCGGCAACAACUCGGCCUUGGUCCUCAAGGAUGUGACGUACUACCCGAUUCAGUUUCACUUCCACACGCCGAGCGAACACACCAUCGAAGGCAAGGCCUACCCGUUCUGCAUGCACCUCGUGCACCAGUCGGAGGACGGCAAGCUCGCAGUGGUUGCCUUCUUCUUUGAGGAAGGCGACGAGAGCAAGUUCUUGGCCCAGGUCUGGGAGCAUCUCUCGGAGAUCGAGCCCCACGGCCCGCGCGUCCUUGUCGACGAUAUCUCGUUCGACUCGCUCGACGUCAACGCCGAGAGUUAUUUCCGCUACACGGGGUCGCUCACGACUCCGCCGUACACGGAAGGCGUCGAGUGGGUCAUUGUCAAGGACCCGCGCCAGGUCUCGCCCGAGCAAAUUGCCGAGUUUAUCAAGGUCAUUCCCGGCGACACGAACGCGCGCGAUCUUCAGCCCGUCGUUAGCGGCAAGCUGCUCUUCUGCUGCGAAAACUAAGCAAGCUUCAAUAUUAUUUUCCGUGUCUCGUCGCUU